GGCGGCGGCGGCGCUGGCGCUGCCCGGCGCGGCCCCGCGUCGCCGGGCUCCCCCCCAAGAUGGCGGCCGAGGUGGGAUCGAUGUUCCGGUAUCGGACGCGCGUGGGUGUCCGCCGGCUCCAGGUGAUUGCACUUAGUGAAAGGAGCGCGGAGGCCGAGACGGCUUGCCCGGGCGCUUACGAGCCGUCGACCGAAGCUCCAGGUGAGGAAGGCGGCGGCGCCCCGGCCGCGUAACGCACCGCUCGCCGCCGUCCCGCUAGCGCCCGGACCGGAGCCCGCGAGGAGCCAGCAGCGCAGCGUCGCCUGCCGUCCCGGCACCGCCGCCGGCACCGCCGCCGGCACCGCCGCCGCCCCCUUCUGCAUGUUGCUCUGGAAAUACCGGCCGGCCGGACCAGCGGAAACAGCUUUUGCCAUCGCUGUGUUUCAGCCCCUGAGCCAAAUGCAUCUUGACGUUAGAAAAGGAAUACAUUUGCUCGGCCCUUGUAGUAACGCGGCAGCUCUCCCCAGGUGUCUUUUCGACGACCCCGCGCCGGUGCUGGAGGCCGCCCGGAGCUUGGAGGACCGGCUGCAGCGGCUCCAGCGCCUCGAGCCCCCCGCGCUGCCCCUGAAGGACCUCGGCCGCCAGUGGAAGAAGCACCCGGAGCCCGCCGGCGCCCAAGGGCGGCGCGACGCAGCGGCUCCGGCUGGGCUCGCCGCGCCGGACGGCGCCGGCGGCGGAGCGCUCCUCGCGGAGGCCUUGCUGCGGAGGAAUGAGGCGGAGAAGCAGAAGGGGCUGCGGGAAGCCCAGAUCACCUUGGCCGCUCGCCUCGGGGAAGCGGAGGAGAAGAUCAAAGUGCUGCACGCAGCGCUGAAGGCGACGCAGACGGAGCUGCUCGAGCUGCGAUGCAAGUACGACGAAGAAGCCGCCUCGAAGGCGGACGAGGUGGCCAUGAUCGUGACGAACCUCGAGAAGGCCAACCAGCGAGCGGAGGCGGCGCAGCGGGAGGUGGAGAGCCUGCGGGAGCAGCUGGCCGCCGUGAACAGCUCGCUGCGCCUGGCCUGCUGCUCCCCGCCAGGCGCCGGCGCGGACAAAGCGAGCUAUUCCGUGUGCUCAGGGUCGAGGCUGGAGGCGGCUCUGGCCACCAAGGACCGGGAGAUCCUGCGGCUGCUCAAGGACGUGCAGCACCUGCAGAGCUCGCUGCAGGAGCUGGAGGAGUCCUCGGCCAGCCACAUCGCCGAGCUGGAGGGGCAGCUGGCCGCCAAGAGCGAAGCCAUCGAGAGGCUGGAGGAGAAGCUGCAGGCCCAGGCGGACUACGAGGAGAUCAAGACGGAGCUGAGCAUCCUGAAAGCGAUGAAGGUGGCGUCCGCGAGCUGCAGCCUUCCCCAGGCAAGUGCCCCGCGGCGCGGCGGAGCGGGAGCGCCGUGCCGGCUCUGCGCCGGCCGCUCGCUCCCUAACGCUUUCCCCCCUCUAUUUCUGGCUUUUCAGAGCAUAUCAAAGCCGGAGGAGGCUCUGCUCCUAGGCAAGGAGGCUUUCUACCCCUCGCAGAAGUACCUGCUGGAAAAGCCGAGCCUGCUGGCCAGCGCUGAGGAGGAUCCCUCCGAAGACGAGUCGGUGAGGGAGUCCCUGGGCCUGGAGCAGCCGUACCCGUCCCCGCCGCAGCUCUCGCACGCCGCGGGCGACGAGCCCGCCUCGCCGCCCCGCGGCCCCGGCGCGGCGGCCCCCCCCGAGGGCCAGCGGACUUUCUCGCCGCCCCCCUUCCCCGGCGCGGCGGCCGGCGAGAGGCUCCCAGCGGACGCGCCGCUGUCCAGGGCCUGCAAGAGCGAGAGCGCCGGCGGGCCGCCCUUCGCCUACUUCGCCGGCAAGGGGAGCGCGGCGCCCGGCGGCGGCGGCGCGCCGGCCAGCGACGCCAGCCCCGCCGGCGAGCAGAGCGAGGGCGGCGCCGGCGACGAGGAGCAGCUCGACACGGCCGAAAUCGCCUUCCAGGUGAAGGAGCAGCUGCUGAAGCACAACAUCGGGCAGCGGGUCUUCGGGCACUACGUGCUGGGGCUGUCGCAGGGCUCCGUCAGCGAGAUCCUGGCCCGGCCCAAGCCCUGGCGCAAGCUGACGGUGAAGGGCAAGGAGCCGUUCAUCAAGAUGAAGCAGUUCCUGGCGGACGAGCAGAACGUGCUGGCGCUGAGGACCAUCCAGGUGCGCCAGAGAGGUAGCAUCACGCCGCGGAUCAGAACGCCAGAAACCGGCUCUGACGACGCCAUCAAAAACAUCCUGGAGCAGGCGAAGAAGGAGAUCGAGUCGCAGAAGGGAGGCGAGCCCAAAAGCUCCUCGGCGCCUCAGGCGGUCGCCAACGGCUCCGGCGGCGCCGGCUCCGAGGACGCCAUCAAGAGCAUCCUGGAGCAGGCGCGGCGGGAGAUGCAGGCGCAGCAGCAGGCGCUGCUGGAGCUGGAGGCCGGGGCCGGGCGUGCUGGCGGCACGCCGCCCGCCGAGCGCGCCACGCUGGCUGCCGUCAGCCAGAACAUCGUCCAGGCCUACAUCAAGCAGGAGGACAGGAGCGGGGCCGGCCCCGGGGCCGCCGCGCAGGCGCCCCUCGCCGUCCUCUCGCCCGCCGCCUUUGUCCAGAGCAUCAUCCGCAAGGUCAAGUCGGAGAUCGGCGACGCCGGCUCCUACUUCGACCAGCACUGGGCGGCGGAGAGGAGCCUGCUCGGCCGGCCCUACACCUCCGUCUCGCCCUCGCUCUCCUCCUCCUCCUCGAGCUACUCCGGCAUGGCCAACGGCCGGGCCUGGCCCCGCGGGGACGCCGGCGAGAGCGGCGCCAACGACGAGGAGCCGCCGCCGGCCGACGACGAGCCCCCCAGGGCGCCGGAGGUGAAGCCGGAGGGGGCCGAGCCGCCGGCCGCCGGCCGCCUCUCCUACUACCCGGCUUACGUGCCCCGGACCCUCAAGCCCACGGUGCCGCCGCUGACGCCGGAGCAGUACGAGAUGUACAUGUACAGGGAGGUGGACACGCUGGAGCUGACCCGGCAGGUGAAGGAGAAGCUGGCCAAGAACGGCAUCUGCCAGAGGAUCUUCGGAGAGAAGGUGCUGGGCCUGUCGCAGGGCAGCGUGAGCGACAUGCUGUCGCGGCCCAAGCCGUGGAGCAAGCUGACGCAGAAGGGCCGCGAGCCCUUCAUCCGCAUGCAGCUGUGGCUGACGGACCGGCUGGGCCAGGGCGUGGGCCAGCAGCCCGCCCCCGCGCAGGCCAGCCCCGCGGAGGCCCGGUCGUCGCCCUCGCCGCCCCCCAGCCCCUCGGAGCAGGACAAGGGCUCCCAGGAGCCCCUCACCCUCGCCUUGGAGAGCAGCAAGGAAAACCAGCAACCCGAGAGCCGGUCGGCUUCUGCGCUCGGCGGGAAGAUCUGCCCCAACAGCCAAGGGCCCGUGGGCAUCCAGGAGAUCGUCGCCAUGUCCCCCGAGCUGGACACCUACUCCAUCACCAAGAAGGUCAAGGAGGUGUUGACGGACAACAACCUAGGCCAGCGGCUAUUUGGGGAGAGCAUCCUGGGCCUGACGCAGGGCUCGGUGUCCGAUCUCCUCUCCAGGCCCAAACCGUGGCACAAGCUGAGCCUGAAGGGGAGGGAGCCCUUCGUCCGCAUGCAGCUCUGGCUCAAUGACCCCCACAACGUUGAGAAGCUCCGCGACAUGAAGAAGCUGGAGAAGAAAGCCUACCUGAAGCGUCGCUACGGGCUGAUCAGCGCUGGCUCGGACAGUGAGUCCCCCGGCGCCCGCUCGGAGUGUGCCAGCCCCAGCCUGCAGCCGCAGGACCUCAGCCUGCUGCAGAUCAAGAAGCCCCGGGUGGUGCUGGCACCGGAGGAGAAGGAAGCCUUGAAGAAGGCCUACCAGCUGGAGCCCUACCCCUCGCAGCAGACCAUCGAGCUGCUCUCCUUCCAGCUCAACCUCAAGACCAAUACGGUCAUCAACUGGUUCCACAACUACAGGUCGCGGAUGCGCCGGGAGAUGCUGGUGGAGGGCGCCCAGGACAACGACACGGACCCGGAGGGGAGCGGCGGCCCCGCCGGCGCCCGGCCGCCGAGCCCCGACUCGGAGACCGAGGAGCGGAAAGGCGCGCCGGGAGACGGGCGGCCGCCGCGGGCGAGCGGGCCCCCGCUCAAGGUGAAGGAGGAGCGAGCCGAGGCCGGCGAGCGGGGCGGCUGCCGCGACCGCCGGGACUCGCGCGGCCCGGCCGGCGCCCCGCGGCGGGGAGGCCGGGCCGGGCCCGAGGCCGGGGCCGAGGCCGAGGCGGAGGCCGGGCCCCGCGAACCCGAGGGCGGCCCGCCGCCCGACCCCGCCGGCUUCAAAUCCGCCUCGGAGUCGUCCCGCUGCAGCCUCGAGGUCUCCCUGAACUCGCCCUCAGCAGCCUCCUCGCCCGGCCUCGCCGCCUCCGUGUCGCCCCUGCCCUGCUCCGCCGGGCCCCUCUCCCCGGCGCCGGCCCCGGGCGCCCCGGCCCCCGGCCCCCGGCUCAGCACCAGCGUCCAGCGGCGGCACGAGAAGAUGGCCAACCUGGACAGCAUCAUCCACCGCCUGGAGCGGGCCGCCAACCGCGACGAGGCCCUCGAGUGGGAGUUCUGAGCCUCGCGCCCGCCGCCGCCCUGUACACAUAUAUAUACGUCACACACACAUAUAUAUAUACACACAUAUAUAUAUUUUGUUAAAUUCACCGCGUACGGAGAGGCGGAAGGUGACCCGACGCGUCUGGUGGAGGAGAAGGAGCAGGGGGCCGUGAGCCCGCCACGAACCCACCCCCAGCUUUGUUUUAAAUGUGAAAAACUGGGAACAAUUUUAGAAAAAAAAAUAUUUAUAGACCUCUUUUAGAUAUUUUAAUAAAAGGAUACUUUGGAAUUUAUUAACAGCUUAAGCUGCUUUGAUAUUAAAGAUAGCUAUAAAAUCAAGAUGAUGUAGCAGUUGUGUCAUUAAAUGUACACUGAAGUCUUGUAGUUUGCCACUGGAUGAGAUUAAAAAACAAACCUAAAAAAAAAAAAAAAAACACACAGAAAAGACUUGUUGAACAAAGCCAUCAAGAAGCACUAUGAGACUGACCAAAUUUAAUAAACUUUCGAAUAGCGGUUUUCCACAUCUGUCUGCAAGACGCUGCAUUACUUCUACCCCAUCCAGAGACUGUGUUAUAGUCCGCGAAGACUCUAAAUCGGAAACCUGGAUGCCAUCAAGUAUGUAUUUAGUUCUGGUGGUAUGUUUUUGAAACCUUUGUAACACAGAAUGUCACGUGCAGUUGUAUAUGUUGUAGAAAUGUCUGCAAUAGCCUUUCUUGAACAAGAUGUAGCAUGGUACGUAAGCGGUUCCUCGCACUUCCUCUAGCUAGCACCCCGCGACAGACCCGGCGAGCGGCGGCAAACCGCAGCUCUCGACGGUGAAAAAGGAAAAAAAAACACCAAAAACUCCCCCAAAACGCCAAGCCGAACCAAGGGAGUGACGUCGCGAGCUGCGUCUCCGGUUCCGGCGGAGCCGGCAGAGGUGCCUGGCGUCCCCGGUUGGCCGGGGACGGGCUCCGCGGCGGUCCCUCGGCCGCGGCCCGUCGCUCCGUCGCCUUCGUGCGGUUCAGGAGAAGCGGCGGCCGAGAAGCCGCGUUGCCCCCUCGCGCGCCGGGGCUCGGGGGCGAGCGCGCCAAAACCUGCCCGCGGCCCGGUGCCCCGGGGCUCGAGCGAGCCGGCUGGGCCGAGCUGCUUCCCGCGGUGGUUCCUCCUCGCGUUGGAUCCAGCUUCGGAGGCUGAAGAGCUUUUUUCUUUCUUUCUUUUCUUUUUUUCCUUCUCUCUUCCCGGUCGCUCGGCUCAGGGCGGUGGAAGAGCGCCGAGGAAGGAGGAGGAGCGCGCUCCGGGCUCGGCUCUGCCCGGGGCCGGCGGCCCGCAGGGCACCCGCGCGCCGCGAGCCGGCAGGCCUUGGCCGGGUGAGCGGGGAGGCGAACCGCGUCGGGCUCUUCCGUCCGCUUUCCCAGGCUGUUAUUUAUUUUAUAUAUUUUUUUUUUCCAUGAUGCAUUUUUGCAAGCGCCGAGCCGCGGCGUGCCCUGGCGGCCGCCCCCACCGGCCGGCCGCCCGCCCGGAGAAGCGCGGCUGCCAGCCUCCCAGGCUAUGCAGAGAAGAGUUUUCCGCUGUAUACGUUUUUAUCAGAAGAGAAGGUAUUUUUAUAUUUUGGCGGUAGUUAACGACCAAUUUGAGAAGCGAACCCGCUUGGCUCCGCAGAGGCAAGGAGCUCCCCGGCGCCCGGGCCGGCGAGCGCCGGCCUCUCCGAGGCGACUCCGGCACCGCCGCGACGGCCGGCGCCGCGGGAGCCGAGGCGCCCGCCGCUCUCCUCGGUGCGCUGCUGCUCUUCCCUUCGGCGGGCCGGGAUUCGGGGGAGCGCUUCGGCCAGUCUCUCGGGCACGGCCGUCCGGCGGGGCGAAAAGCUGGCGGGCCGUACCGAUGGCGUUUGGUUGGGCUCACGUACGGUACCUCGGAAGUUUCUGUGAGAUCGGUGAACUUUGUGAGAACAUUUUGGAAGGAAAAAGUUCUGUAAAGAGCCACUAAAUACAGGAGUUGGCUACGA